UUGUCUGCAAGGCGGAGAAGAAGCGGCUUGGAGGAGGUGGGAGCAAUACAUCGAGCUCGUAUUUGAAAAAAAUCGUAUCUCUUUAUAACUAUAUAGAACGAUAGUCGAAUACGUACAUUUGCAGUUGCAUGCUAACAAGUGCAAAUAUAUCAGUUCAAAGAUCCCAGCUGCAAGAACCGUAAGGAGAGAUGUGGGAUCAGGGUGGACAGCCCUGGCCACAGUGGCCUUUGAGCCAGCAGCAGUGGAUGCAGUCCUUUCAACACCAACAGGAUCCAGGUGAGGGGUCUCCUGCAGAUCCUAACCAAGGCCAGGUGGACUGGGCGGCACUAGCCCAAGCCUGGAUUGCUCAGAAAGAAUCAACAGGCGCCCCAGUGGACCAGCAGCCCCUUCAGCCGAAUGGGCAAGAGGUCCAGAACCUGGAGCCAGUGCCAAACAACCAUGGAAACUUCCAGAAUGACCCAUCAUUCAAUCGGAUGUGGCAGCCAGAGUGGGGAAUGCACGGACAGCCCCCUCCCCCACCCCCUGAUCAGGCCUGGAUUCCCCCUGGGCCCGGGCCCAUGGAAGUGGCCCCCCCAUCGGAGGACAGCAACAGUCAGGACAGUCUGGAGUUUGGGUCUGAUGCCCUGCAUGGGGCAUUCCCUCAGAACAGCCACGGCUUCUCAAACCCCCCCGACAGCUUCUCCAUGGCCCCCAUGGCCGUCAACCAGUUUGACUACCAGCACGGGGCUGCCGCUUUUGGACCCCCCUCUACAGGGUUCCACCCUCCGUACUGGCAGCAGGGCCCCCCCCAGAAUAGGCGGGACAGACCCCCGGCUUUCCGAGAACGUCAGAGGUCCCCUAUGCAGCUGCCCAAGCAGGAGCCCCCAGCUCUGGAUGCGGUGAAGCGGCGCACUCUGCCAGCGUGGAUCAGGGAGGGCCUGGAGAAGAUGGACAGAGAGAAGCAGAAGAAGCUGGAGAAGGAGAGGAUGGAGAGACAGAGAGCAGAAAUGGCCAAAGACGAGGAGAGAGAGGGCAAUUUGACAGAGGAGGAAGGCGACGGACCUAGACUGCCUCGUAAAAGCAAAUUUGACAGUGACGAGGAGGACGAGGAGCAUGAAGAGGAGGAGGAAGAGGAGGUGCGAGCUCCCAUGAGAAAGAAGGAAUUUGUGAGCCGUAGUCCCUCUCCUGUGGAAGAACAGAGUGAGCCAGAGAUGACUGAGGAGGAGAGAGAGUUCCAACUGAUGAUUUUGACCAAAACCCUUCUGACGGAAGUGUUGUUGGAGGUCACCAAUGAGGAGAUCCACCAGGUGGCCAAAGAGACCCACCGCAAGGCAACUAAAGCUCCUGCCAAACAGCUGGCACAGUCAAGUGCACUGGCUUCUCUGACCGGCCUCGGGGGACUGGGGGAUUACGGCUCGGACGAGAGCGAGGAGGAGGAGGAGGAGCGCAGCGCCUGGGGUUCGGAGUCGUCCGACACGGACGAGGAGGAGCUGCGCCAUCGCAUCCGCCAAAAACAGGAUGCCUUCCGCCGCCAGGAGAGGGAGCUGCAGCAGCAGCAGGAGAGAUACACGCAGGAGGGACCGCGUGUGCACGAUGAGGUGGAUCCAGGGGACAGGGGGGACAGUGAGGAGGAGCAGGCAGGCAGCCCUGAGAAACAGGAAGUGAGGGAGAGGGAGGUGCAGCCGGCUGCAGAGAGGCGGCGGUCCCGCAGCGAGCCAGAGGUCAGCGAGGUCAGGCGGGUGGGCCCCGGGCGGGAGCGGGCGGGGCCGGGCGGAGGGAGCGGCAGCGCCACGCCCAGCGAGGCCCGCAGCGCCAGCUCGCGCUCCAGCUCCAGCAGCUCCUCCAGCCACUCCUCGUCCUCCUCGUCCUCGUCCUCGGGCUCCUCCCGCAGCUCGUCCCGCUCCUCCUCCUCCCCGCCGCGGAGGAAGAGGCGGCGUAGCAGCCGCUCGGGCUCCAGACGGGCGCGGCCCCGCAGCCGGAGCCGCAGCCGGAGCGCGCGCCGGCGCCACGGCAACGGCGCGGAGCGCGACAAGGCCCGCGAGAGGAGGCGGGGGAGCCGCGCCCGCAGCGACACCCGCAGGAGGAACCGCUCCCGCUCCCGCCAGCGCCGCUCCAGCAGGGGGCGCAAGAGCAGGUCCAAGGACAGGGGCAGCCGCAGCCGCAGCCGGGACCGCCGGCGGAGCAGCCGGGAGCGCAAACGCAGCCGCGACCGCAGCCGGCACAAGCAGAAAGCGGCGAGCAAGGACAGGAGCCGCAGCCGCGAGAAAGACAGGAAGAAAAAGGAGAAGGAGUCAGAGAGGAAGAAGGAGAAGCAGAAAGCCAAGGAGAAGGAGAGAGAGAAGGAGAGGAGGCAGGAGAGGGAGAGUAGCUCCACGGUGCAGGAGGAGAGGAACGGCAGGUCUAAGAGGAGGAAGGAGAGCGAGCACACGGACUCCCACGGCGAGCCUGCCAAGCUCUCCCGGCAGGAUAGCAAAGCUAGCAGUAGGAGAGGGUCGGGUAAGCACAGCAGGAAGUCGUCCGACUCGGAAACGAGCAGGAGCAGGUCUCCUACCCCUCAGAUUAGCAAGGAAAAGAAAUCCAAAAAGUCUAAACGUAGUCGUUCAAGAUCGACGGAAAAAUCUCACAAGUCUGGUAAGAAGGCAAGCCGCAAACACAAGUCUAAGUCGCCAUCAAGGUCAAACUCUCCCUCCCGUCGCUGGCGUUGAGGAGUAGUCCUCCCUUGAUACGUGCACUUAUUUUAAAAUUCCAUGAGUUUUAAAGGCUUGUCUCAUUAUAGAGGCAACGGUGUAGGUGACCGAACCCCUGCCCCUCUAUCCUGAUCCCACCCCCUCACCCCACCCCCUUCCUUCCACUCUUCCCCCCCCCCCCCCCCCCGUUCUCACAAAACUUUGUAAAUAAGUGUAAUAUUUUUAAGGUCUGUCUGCAAUACGAAGACAUUUUGAAUGCUAGGUUUUGACUUGUACUACGCAAAUCCAAGGAGGGUUAAUUGUCAGUAGAUUAUUGAAGUUGUAACAUUUUAAAAACACAAAAAAGUGAAGACUCCACAUAUUGUAAAUUGUUGUCCAAUAAAAAUGAGUGGUUCUGG